CAAGGAAGGAGACUGUAUAUCUAUUACACAUUUUUCGGGUAUCAGUGUGCAAUCGUAGCCGAGUGAUGUUUUACCUGAAAUGAGACUCUUCCAUCUGUUGCUUAGUUGCAGGUAAAUACUAUGACGUGUGCAGCAUGUUGUGGCGUUAUGUAGAUGUGAGGUCGCUCGUCUUGUGCCAGCGGAAAAAUCUUCUGGAAUAUUAACCAUCAGUAAUUUGUUGUCUGAAAACUCGAAACGUUUUGGACGCGAUUAUUCCAGAUGUGUUGGACUAAUUUGCUGAAGAAAUUGAUUAGUGUGAAAUAGACACCAUUUACCUUUGGUUCCCUGUUUACGUUAAGAUCAGUAGACGUCCGAACUACAGGAGGAUGAAGAUCACUAUUCGUAAACAAGCGGUGAAGAAGUGCUCGGCAUGCUUCAUCUUAUUUUUUAUCAUCGUUUUUGUAUACCUGUUUUCGUUCUCGAAUUCUGCACAAAAAACAGUGAAGCAAAAACAGCACAAGAUACACCUGAUCGAGGACAAGAGACCACACCUUGUGUUAGGUGUACUGACACCCCACACAAAUAUUGAUUUGAGGGAGGGCCAGCGAUCAACAUGGUUAUCCACUAUACGGCAAUUACAUCACAAGCUGCCAUUUAAAAUAACCUACAAAUUCCUAAUAGAUCGCCCAACAAAUGAUACACUAUUAGAAAACAGAAAAUACAAUGAUAUUGUUUUUCUCAAUUCUACAGGCGAAGGUCGAGCGGUGAAAUUCGGAGAAAAAUUGUACAUAUGGUAUAGAUAUAUCUACGAGCAUCACCCAGAUGCUUUACUUGGAGCCAAGGUAGAUGAUGAUGUGUUUUUGUGUGUUCCUCAGAUUUUCAAAAGGAUUGAUCAAUUCAAAUCUUCAAAACUGUACUAUGGUUGGUCACAUGGCGCCGGAUGUAACGUCGACAUAGACCGGAGGAUAGAUGAAAUGUUUGUUGUUAUCGGCAAAGACCUGAUAGAAAGAAUCGCGAAGCGUAAAUAUUGUAUAGGAAAGCAUUGCAAUCCUAGUGUGGAUUUAAUAGACACGAACUACGGAGGUACGUCUAUUGGAUCCUGGCUAUCAAUAUACAAUGAUAUCGACCACCAGCCCGACAACUAUAGGAUCGUCCAAUUUGGCAGAGGUCAUCUUAAAGAAAUGCUAAAAAACAUCAAUGAAAAUUUCUGCUCAAGAUUUGUUCUGAACCAUAAAUCAACUGUUGAAGUGAUGAAACAGCUUCAUGACUAUAACAAACCCGGAUUUAAAUUACACAAUGGAUUUAUUGGUGCCGUGACAGGGAAUCUAUUUUCAGGGGAUAUCGUGAGGACAUCUAUGCCAAGGACGCUGAUUAAUCAUCCAUCUCCUGUAGCUAAAUUGGACAACAUGGCGGCCUGUGAUGCCUGGGCAGUGGUCACAACUAUUUUCUCUCCUUCGCAUGCCGUAAAACAUGUCUCAUCACUGUCAAACUGGUGUUUAGUCAUCGUAGCUGACACGAAAACCCCAGAUAAAAAAACAUAUCUUCGUGAAAUUGGAGUCACUGAUUAUAUCUCCAAAAGAGUAAAAUAUCUUUCAGUUAAGGAACAGCAAACACUUUACCCAUUGUUAUCAGAAGCAAUACCAACCAAACACUUUGGACGAAAAAAUAUAGGAUAUAUCUACGCUAUACACCACAAGGCGAAAUAUAUCUGGGACUUUGAUGAUGAUAAUUAUGGUACAGUGAAUUUGAAUGACUUCAUAACAGAUUACCCAUUGCCUUAUGUUACAGUCUGCAAAGGAGCGCAGAGUAAGAUUUAUAAUCCAUACCCGUAUUUUGGCGUGUCGGAAACUCUCACCUGGCCCAGAGGUUUUCCGCUCCAGUACAUAAAAAACAAAACGACCGUACCUGUACUUUGUAAAUCGAGAUCUCCUGUUGAACUCGGAGUAGUUCAAUCAUUAGCUAAUGAACAACCCGACAUAGACGCUAUUUAUAGAAUGACACGCGAAGCACCUUUCAACUUCACCGCGACGAGAAAGUCUCAUCAACCAUUUGUUCUACCAAGAAACACGUAUGCGCCAUUCAAUGCUCAAGCAACAUUGUGGUUAGCGCCGGCUUUCCCUUACAUGGCGCUUCCUAUCAGUGUGAAUGGCCGAGUUAGUGACAUAUGGAGAAGCUAUAUAGCACAAUACUUCUUUCACAAACGUGACAUUCGUGUUGCAUUUUCGUCACCUUAUGUAAUACAAGAAAGAAAUGAUCAUAAUGACUUAAAAGACUUCAAUGCGGAGUUAGAUAUAUAUCAAAAGAGUAAACAGCUCGUAGAUUUGCUCGCGUCUGAUAAUCCGGAUGAAGGUGAUGAUAUCGAUCUGGUAGAUAUGUAUACAAUUCUUUAUUCGAGACAGUAUUUAGAAGAAUUCGACGUUCAAUUCGCUCAAGCAUGGAUUCAGACAUUGGCGAACAUUAGCUAAUUAAUCUAGAUUACAAGAGUAAAAAUGUCCUAUAUCAGAGAUGUUCCGAGUUUAGGUAAUUUUUCUCGGUAAAUACAAAGGUCACGUAGAAGUUAAUAUUUUGAAUUUUAAAUGCAAUGAUAAUUCAUUCCAAGAUAAUACAACUACGUAUGUUCUGAGCUAGUGUGUUUUGUUAAGCCUUGAUAAAUAUACUGUUAACCGUACAAUAUCAUGGCCUAGUGGAAAAUAUAACCGAACAUACAGACUGUUAUACAAAGUGAACCUCUAAUCAGCCGAGCGGAGUGGGUGCUAACAAGUUUCUCCGGAAAUAUGUACGAGGUGUUCAAAUUCAUAAAUUAUGAGUUCUUACGUGUGUAAGGAGGUAUUAGCAAGAACACGUGACCAUCAACACAUUAUAUUAUGGUUAAUACUUUCAUCGUCUCUUUAUAUCGUACCAGGUCAUCAAUACAAAAGUCAUAUCAGGUCAUUCAUGAAGUCAUAUCGGGUCAUUAAUUAAGUUAUAUCGGGCCAACAGCAAUAGAGUAGUUAAGAAUUUGUGGCAAGCAUUAUGGCAACAAUUAUUUUAGAAUUUCUCACCACGUGGUACAUAUCAAGUACGUUAAAAUAAUGAAAUAUAACGAUAUUUUAAAGAAAAAAAGCAUUAUGGUAACGUGAAAAAUAUCAAAAUAUACUGAUAGUGUUAAGGCAAAUGAAUGUUUGUAUGUCCAGGUUUUUAAGUACACAUAAAGGUUUAGAUAGAUAUCAUUUAAGAUUUUUUCUUUCAAAUUUGUAAAAAUAUUAUUUGAAUAUUUUAUCGGGUUUUAUUUGUGAAGUGCCAUCAACUGUUGUUGAUUUAUGAUAUAAUCCAGUAACAGUUUGUCCACCUUCAUUAACAUUAAUAUCAAUUGUAUCACAUUACAAUUCAACGUUAAAUAAUUCUAUCAGUAUAUGACUUCGCUUCUUUUUCGCAUCGCAUGAAUUAUGACGUCACAAUAGACAGCGAAAUACAAGGAAUCUCCAUAUGUAUGUGUGAUAUACAGUCUUUAAUUAUCUCGAAAUCUGAUAACUUUGAAAAUUCAGUUCCGACCGUAAAAGAAUAUGUGUCAAAUAUACUUGGUUAUCUCGAAUAUUCCUCGAUAUCUCCUAGUUUUUAUACCCCACUGACUUCCAGAUAACGAUGUUUGACUGUUUUACGUUUUCAGUGGAGAGUGAACAUAGUAUUGGGACGUUUUCCUUAUAGGGAACAACCAACCAAUUGAAAAAAUAUAUUUUUGAAACAGCCCCUGUGUAUAGAAAGUUGAGCCAAGGAUAAAAUGUCUGGCAGCCACUGAUUGG